GUCUAAACCUGGCCUCAGUCCCAAACCCCGCCUCUCAGAGCUUUACACAACUCCAGGAAAUCAGCGCAGUGAAGUUUCGUUUCUUGUGAAAUCGUCAGUCUCUCUGUCUCUCUGCAGCAAGAAUGGCUUCAAAAGUAUGGUCAGAGGAUCGGUUUAGCUGUUCAGUAUGUCUGGAGCUAUUGAAGGACCCAGUCGCUAUUCCAUGUGGACACAGUUACUGUAUGGGGUGUAUUAAGAACUACUGGGAUCAGACUGAUCAUACAGGUGUCUACAGCUGCCCCCAGUGCAGAAAGACCUUUACCCCAAGGCCUGAUCUGUGCAGAAACACCAUGCUGGCCGAACUUCUGGAGGAAUUAAAGAAGACAGGACUCAAUCCUCCUCCUGCUCAAAGUUAUGCUGGACCUGGAGAUGUGCCGUGUGAUUUCUGCACUGGGAGAAAGUUCAAAGCUGUGAAAUCCUGUUUGACGUGCCUGGCCUCUUACUGUGAAACACACGUCAAGCCACACUAUGAGGGGGCUGCUUUCAAGAGGCACAAGCUGAUCAAUGCAAUUGGAAAUCUGGAGCAGAAGCUUUGUGCUGAACACCAGAAGGUUUUGGAGGGGUUCUGCAGAACAGAUCAGACGUGUAUUUGUUGGCUGUGUGCAGAGGAGGAACACAAGGGUCAUGAUAUAGUCUCAGCUGGGACUGGGAAACAGAAGCAGCUGGGAGAGACACAGACAGAAAUACAACAGAGAAUCCAGGAGAGACUCAAAGAAAUUGAAGAACUGAAACAGGCUGUGGAGACACUGAAAAGAUCUGCAUGCAUAGAAAUAAAGGAAAGUGAGAAGAUCUUUACUGAGCUGAUCCGAUCCAUUGAGAAGAUCCACACUGAGGUUAUUGAGCUGAUUGGAGCUAACGAGAAGGCUGCAGUGAAUCAGGCUGAAGGACGCAUGAAGAAACUGGAGCAGGAGAUUGCUGAGCUAAGGAGGAGAAACGCUGAGCUGAAACAGCUUUCAGAGACAGAGGAUCACAUCCAUUUUCUACAGAAUUUCCAGUCUCUCUGUGCCCCUCCUGAAGCUGGAGACUUACCCAGCGUUACUGUCAAUACAGACAUCUCUUUUGGGGCUGUGAGGAAAGCUUAUAAGAUAUAUGAUGGAGAGGAAGGAACACAAGACUCCAGUGCAGUGGCAGACAUGUUCACAUUGACUUUGGCUGCUGCACUGAUACAGAAGAAAUACAUAUUCAUUGUAAUCAUGAACAUCUUGAAGUACGGAUUUUUACAUCCUGAAAUGCCGUGAAUAAGCCUUGUUUCUUUUCAGAUUGCUGUUUGGAGUCUUGUGUGUGUUGUGUAUUAAUCCACAUGUUUCAAUUCUAUUUCUCUCUCUUUUUUCUGGCCAGUGAAUAAAGUUGCAGUUUACAGUCUGCAGGCUCCAGAGCCAAGGAACAGAGCUGAGUUUUUAAAAUGUAAGUCUGUUUUCACUGAAACAUUUGAUUGAAAGAUGUGUCACUCCAUUGUGAGAAGAGCCAACACUACAGAACAGGGAGGGGUGGAGCUUGAGAGUAGCAAUUAUUAUUAUUUAUUAGUAAUUUUGAAGCCAUUAAUCUACACUCCUCUCCAACAAGUAUUGGUUCAGAUGAAUACAUGCAGGGAGGAGGGGGCAGGGAGGAGAGAGCAUGGAGAAGAUAUCAGGGAGCAGGGAAAAUGGAGGAAGGAGGAGGGAGCACUGUGGAGGGAGCAGGGAGGAGGGAGAAAAGAAGAUUGAGGCGGGAGC